AUGAACAAAUCAGAAUUAGUAGCAAGCAUUGCAGAAAAAUCAGGUCUUACUAAAAAAGACGCUGAACAAGCUUUAAACGGAUUUAUUACUUCAGUUCAAGAAGCUCUUGCAGACGGAGAAAAAGUUCAAUUAGUUGGAUUUGGAACUUUCGAAGUUAGACAAAGAAAAGCUAGAGAAGGAAGAAACCCUAGAAAUCCAGAAGAAGUUAUUAAGAUUCCUGCAUCUAAAGCUCCAGUUUUCAGAUCAGGUAAGGCUCUUAAAGAAGCUGUUAAUAAGUAA